AUGUAUUCUGUUUCCAUCUCACAUCUAAGUGAAAUAACCACUGUCACAGUGCAACUGAUUACUGAUGGUGAAGUGUUAAGAAAUAAUGACAGAAAUUCAAUUAUUGGUGAUAAAUACAGAUGGCCCAAAACAAUUCCAUACUACCUGGAAGACAGCUUAGAUAUAAAUGCCAAAGCACUUAUCCUGAAGGCAUUUGAACAGUAUCGUCUUAAAACCUGCAUUGACUUCAAGCCUUGGGAAGGAGAAAAGAACUACAUAUCAGUAUUUAAAGAAGGCGGCUGCUGGUCUUAUAUAGGCCUCAAUGGAGGAAAACAACAGCUUUCAAUUGGUGCAAACUGUGAUCGAAUUGCAACAAUUGAGCAUGAAUUCCUUCACGCUCUUGGAUUUUGGCAUGAGCAGUCAAGAGCGGAUCGAGAUGAUUAUGUCAACAUCAUAUGGGACAGAAUUCAAUCUGGAAAAGAAAGCAACUUCAACAAAUAUAGUGACACUCAGUCAGAUUCGCUCAAUGUGCCUUAUGAUUACACUUCUGUGAUGCACUACAGCAAAACAGCAUUCCAGAAUGGAUCAGAACCAACAAUAGUGACCAACAUACCAGAUUUCAUGAAUGUGAUUGGACAACGUAUGGAGUUCAGUGACAGUGAUCUCCAGAAGCUGAACAGAUUGUAUAACUGUACAUCAUCCUUAAGCUUUAUGGACCAGUGCAGUUUUGAGCUUGAAAACAUAUGCGGCAUGAUCCAGGGCUCAGGUGAUAAUGAUGACUGGAAACGGGUUUCAGAGGUGAAUGCCGGACCUUCAACAGAUCAUACUCUACUGGGGAACUGCAAAGCUACAGGUUACUUCAUGCACUUUGAUACACAGUCUGGAGUGGCAGGGAAGAACGCCUUUCUUGAAAGCAGAUUCCUAUAUCCAAAAAGAGGAUUUCAGUGCUUACAGUUUUACUACUACAACAGUGGUAACCAGAGUGAUGAACUAAACAUCUGGGUGAGAGAAUAUACCUCAAGUACUCCUAAUGGAAUACUAAAACUCAUUGGUGUGGUUAAAGAUCAACCUUUGGACUACUGGCAGCUUCAUCAUUUUAGUAUGAAUGUCGCAAACAAGUUCCGUGUUGUGUUUGAAGGAGUAAAACGCUCUGGAGCAUCUAUGGGAGGUGUCUCCAUCGAUGACAUCAACCUUUCAGAAACAAAGUGUCCUACGCAUGUUUGGCAUAUUAGAAAUUUCACUCAUCUUGUAGACACCAGUCCUGCUGGGGUACUUGGAAAAAUUUCUAGUCCACGCUUCUAUUCCAGUGAAGGUUAUGCCUUUCAGGUAGAUUUAUACUUGAAUGGAACAAUUGACUUUCCCGAUAACAUUGCAGCAUUCUUCCAUCUUACUUCUGGGGAAAAUGAUGAUAAACUUCAAUGGCCUUGUCCAUGGAAACAAGCUACUAUGUUAUUACUAGACCAAAAUCCAGACAUUCGUCAUCGGAUGUCAAACCAGAGAAGCAUAACUACAGACCCUAACCUAAAAGAAACAGAAGGCAAUUCAACUUACUACUUCUGGGACAGGCCAGAUAAAAUAGGAUUCCCUGUUGUGAUGCCAGAUGGAACCAGUUUCUUCAAAGGACCAGGUCUUGGAACAUCAGCAUUUAUAGCACAUAACAGGCUAAACAGCAGAGAGUUUGUCAAAGGAAAUGAUGCCUUUGUUCUCAUAAGCGUGGAAGAUGUCUCACACCUUGUUGCUUCCCAGGCUAAACCUACUAGUAUUACACCUGAGGCACUCACGUGUUCUGAACUACAGUGUGAGAAUGAAGGUGCAUGCAUCAUGGAAAACAACAAAGCUGUAUGCAAGUGCCCAGCAAAUGAAGAGCACUGGUACAUGGGAGAAAGAUGCGAAAAGAAAGGCAAAGCACAGGACACAAUAAUAAUAGCAGUUUCUUCAUCUGUCUCUAUAUUUGUUGUAAUGUUAAUAAUCUGCUCUGUGAGCCUUGUUUGCUUAAAGAAAAAAUACAAGAAGAAACUUUAUGAAAGAAAAGAGCCAGGAUAUACUAUGGAAAAUGCCUACGUAAAUAAGAAUGCGUUUUAACUUUAGAAACUGGAAAGGAAACAGAGAACAUAUGUA